AUCGCACACCGCAUGUUAUCUACCCCGUCGCGACUGCCAGUGCCCUCUCCCCUCGUCAAGUACAACCCGUCUCCUCCAUCACUACGGGCAACACACCUCAAUCAUGAAAGCUGCAGCUGCUCUGAGCAUCCUUUGCUGUGCAUCUCCCACGGAUGCAUUUGCCAUGGUGACGUCCUUGCCGAAGCCGGCCGUUGCAGGCGCCGCGAAAGCGCCCCCCGUGUUCAAGAAAGACUUCACGCUGCCCAUGGGCAUCCCCGAGGAGAGCAUUGCCGGAGUCGUCGACGUGCUGCGUUCGGGGCGAAUCAACAGGUACAGCGCAUCGAGCGCCGAGGCAUCACAGGUCGCCCAACUUGAACAAGAGCUCGUCGACUUCACGGGGAGAGGAGAGGGGCCAGGCGUCAAAUACGCCCUUGGGGUCAACUCUUGCUCUUCGGCGAUCCUGAUUGCUCUACUGUCUGUAGGGGUCAAGUCCGGAGACGAGGUGCUCUCCAACGCCUUUACCUUCACCGCCGUCCCUUCUGCGAUCCUCCGGAUCGGUGGCAAGCCUGUCUUGGUAGAGUGCGAGAACAGCUGGGGCAUGGACCUGGAUGAUCUUGAGAAGAAGGCAGCCAGCAGCACGGCCAAGGUGCUUCUUCUGAGCCACAUGCGAAGCAAGAUGUGCGACAUGGACCGUUUGUACGAGAUCUGCGACAAGCACGGCCUCACCGUCGUAGAGGACUGCGCCCACGCCCUGGGCGUUAACUGGCGCGGCACCCAGCUUGGAAACCGCGCAAAGGUUGCCGCGUACUCGUGCCAGUCGGACAAGCUCAUCAACUCCGGCGAGGGCGGGUUCCUCACCACCAACGACGAAGAACUCUUCUCCAAGGCGAUCUACAUGUCCGGGUGUUAUGAAAUGCGUUACGGCAAGCACUCCGUGCGUGGAUCCGACGAGCUCAUGGAGAAGGCCAUGCUCUCAGAGCGGAACCUCAGCGUCCGCAUGACCGAGAUGACCGCGGCUGUUAUCAGGCCCCUGCUCGCCAACCUCCCCGAGAGGGUGGCACAGUUCCACCGCCGCUACCAAGAGGUGGUUGGCAUCCUCGAGGAGCAAGUCCCGGACCUUAUUGAGGUGCCCAAGCCGCUUGAGCACGCCAGCGUCGUCGGCGACCACCUGAACUUCCACCUCGUCGACCCCACGGAAGAAGAGAACAAAGCCUUCCAGGCCAAGACCAAGGAGAUGGGUGUGCCCCUCAACUGGCUGCGCUCUCCCGUGAACGCUCGCUAUCACGUCAACUGGCGCGGAUACGGAGGCCCCGUGCAGGACCUUCCGGCCACCGACGCCGCCCUCGCCACCGCCUACGACCUCAAGCUUCCCCCGCACUUCGACGACGAGGACUUCGCGCACCUCGCCAAGAUCAUCGCCUACGCGGCUCGGGUGACUGUGCGCGCGGGCGGAGAGGAGUGAAAGACAUAACAGUCCAUGCCAAAAGUGGGCAGAAGACAUGGCGCUUUCCCACCACCCCGCCUACCGUCUCAGGGAUAGCGGAACCAUUUCUUGUCUUUCCCAUACUCUCGUUCGGUAUGUAUACCCCCGUAAGUAGCAGUUAAAAUGUAGGUUGGCUUUCCUUACAUUGUGACGCUAUUCAAUGUCUAAUUUCGGACCGGAAAUGUACAACUUGGCGUUUCAUGUCAAGGGGAAUACAAGGCAUGUCGGAAGAGCGACAGUGACAGCGACAGCGACGUUUGCUUCGGUACAAUUUUGACAACGGAGGUAUCAAGUUGAUCUUGGUGCGAUUGGAUUUUGACGUACAGCAGUGGUGUGCCUUGUAUUGGAAACGAUACGACUAAAAUCGAUGGCGGCUAGAAGCGACUUGCGUAGAAAGGUCCUUUCGACUAUAAUAUAAUACAAUACUACGAGUGUUGGGGUUGUCCGGCAUUUAGAAAACGGGUUCGUUCGACUAGGAAGACAAGUCAAACAAGGUCGCAGGUGCGCCUUGCGACAGCAGUACAAGCAAUAAAAGUUAAAAGUUAAUCUAUAGUGGCCGGCCAGGCCGUAGUCUUCAUCUUGAGGUGGUUGGGAAUAGCGCGAGCGUGAUGUUCGCUUUCGAUUGAUCGUGUUUGGAGAUGGCGAGUUGAAUGCUCCAUCUUCAGGGUCGUUUGUGCAGGCGAUGGCGACGAUAUUUCGCAUCCAAAGUGGUUGACAAAAGGGUCGUCCCCUGGAAUUGUUUUCUCCACUGCUAUUACGGGUUCGGUGAGUGUGGUUCUUCUCCAAAGGCUCAGUCUUCAGUUUGGGAAUCGAUUGGAUACGAUUAAAGUGUGCUUGCGUUGUACUUGGUCAGUCUUACAAGGUCUGGUUCGGGUGGGGGAGGUUGCAUUUAUGGUCGCGGCCAGCCCGCCAAUUCAUAUUUGUCACGACCAACAAGUUUCACAGCAGCGUGUUGCACCAAGUUUGGAUUUGUCCGAUCGCACGCGUUCCUUGCGAGAAGGCGUUCUUGUGGGCGUCCUGUCGUGAUUGUGCGGCUGUUCAUGUGUUGGGAAGAAAAGUCUACGGGUUCACGGUGUGGAAGGGGUCGAAUGACGGGUCGGGCUUGUGCGUGCUGGCGGCCCUCCGGCUCAAAUCAACGAACGGGUAUUGAUGUCACGCCAGGGUCAGGUACCAUCGUCAAACUCCACGGGUGUGACCCGCGACUUUGAAGGUUCUCGUUUUGGGUUCGCGUUGCAGAGAUUUUGUACCCACGGCUGAGAACGGUACCGUGCACUUCUUUUGAGGCAUGGACUUGAGACGUGAGAGUUGCAGCAUUGAUUGUUGGCGCGAUGGAGAUCAUCGCGACUAAACUGUUCAGCGUGGGGGUGAGAGGCGGUAGAACACGCAGCCUAAGAGGCCUAGAAUAAGCUUGUUGAUCAUAAUUUGAGGUUUCUAUGUUGUAUUACAGUCGGUGGAUAUAUUGUCCUGGGUGACGAUAGAAUAGAUACGUGCUUGGCAUUUGAGUAGCUAUGUCGUCUACGCUAAAUACGGUGCCAACGACGGAAUGUAAGGGUGGGACGGACGUUUCGAGGCGAUGAUAUGCAUACAAAUAACAAUAUCAGGCUGUCUUGCGCGAGAUCGGGACAAGGGGUUUCGGUCGAUGUGUAGUUUGCCUACUUGUUUGCGUGUGUGUUGUACUCUGUGGAUACUUAUCAUGAGACAGUUGUUGAAGGAGUGCUUCCCUUGAAGAGGGACAAAAGAGGCGCUGCUCUUAGCUCAACGGCGUAAUAAAGCAAGGAUGGAUGAGAUU